AUGUCUAUUAGCAGCCGUACCACCGCCGCGUGGCCCUGCGAUGCUGCUGUGGAUAAUGGCGUGCAGCCCCCAAGGUCCUUCGACUCGACGUUUACCCUCGCGGUCUCCAGUAAGAGCUUCACUACCGCCUCGUGGCCCUUGUACGCAGCCCACCAAAGUGGCGUGCGACUAUGGAUGUCCUUUGAGUCGACAUCUACCCUCCCCGUCUCAAGUAGCAGCCUCACUACUGCCUCAUGGCCUCUCGCAGCAGCAUUAGACAACGGGCGUUACUUAAAAGACGUGACAUCGACGGUGUCCUUCGAGUCGACUUCCACCCGCCGAGUCGCAAGCAACAGCCUCACCACCACCUCAUGGCCAUUCAAUGCGGCCUCAGACAAAGGCGUACAACCCCCCAGGUCCCUCGAGUCGAUAUCCACAUUUCUCGUAUCCAUUAGCAGCCUCAUCACCGCCUCUUGGCCAUUCGACGCAGCUCCGGAAAAUGGCGUGCGACCCCAAGAGUCCUUUGACUCGAUAUCCACCAUUCUGGUCUCUAGCAACAGCUUCACUACCGCCUCGUGGCCCCCUAAUGCAGCCCACAAAAGUGGUGUGCGACUAUGGAAGUCCUUUGAGUCGAUAUCCACCCUCCCAGUCUCCAGUAAGAGCCUGACCACCGCCUCGUGGCCAUUCGAUGCCGCCCGUAAGAAUGGUGUGCAACACUCGUGGUCCUUUAUCGAGUCGACUUCCACCCUCCCUGUCUCUAGUAACAGCCUCACCACCCCCUCAUGGCCUUCUGACGCAGCGCCGGAGAAUGGCGUCGCACCACAAGAGUCCUUCGAGUUGAUAUUGGCCCGCCCACUCUCCAGUAACAGUUUCACUACCGCCUCAUGGCCUUUAGACGCGGCUGUAGACAGUGGCGUGAAACCAUACGGUGCCCCUGAAUUGAGAUCUAUGGUUCUCAUUUCCAAUAAAAGCUUUACAACUGCCUCAUGGCCAUGCGACGCAGCGAGAAAUAGCGGUGUUCUGCCCGCGCGAUCAGUCGCCUCAACAUUCGCUCCUGCCGAAAGGCAGCGAGUUCUGGCGAUAGAGAAAAUUUGCGACAGAGAGCAGCAAUUCAGCAGGAAGGAGAUGAAGAAGAGAGCCGUUCAUCUUCGCUCUCGUGACCUCGAAAGCGCUGGAAGAUGA